GACACACGCGCACUAGCACCAGCAGCCCAGCAGCAGUCCUCGCGCAACCUUCAGAUCAGUACAUCCCACUAUGCUUUGCGAUGGUCUGACAAGUGGAUCCAAGAUGGCGUAGAAAGUAAAGCUAGACGUUUUGUCCCUGAGUCAUGGCGGACAGGAGAGCGGAGAAGUCAUGUGAAGAAGCCAGCAGAUCGUUAGCCAGGCGGGAGUACGAGGCGGCAGUCAGCCACAGCACGGACGCCCUGGUGGUCCUUGCACCCCAAGCCCCACCUUCCGGUGCCCCCGUUCCGCCGAGCCCACCAUCCCUUGUCGCUACUGCCGGACCCCUCCGCAGCCGUGCCCUGCUCUACCGAAUUGCUGCCUUCUUGCAGCUGAAAAACUAUGAUGAAGCAGAUGAAGACUGCAAACAUGUCCUGGCAGAAGAGAUUGCCAGAGGAGACGGUUCGCUACAGGCCAGCUUGCGCUCCAUGCUGUUGGAUGGCAGCCUGCAGGAGGUGGUCAGCAUCCUCUCUAAAGCCUUGUAUGGAGAGCCAAUGAAUGGCAUUGUCGCAAAAGACCUUUCCAGAUUAAAAAUGCUCUUCUCAGAAAUCGAGGCUAUAAAUAGGGAGAUGGCACCCGAAUACACAGAUGACCAGGAGGAAGAGGUCCAAGAUGGCUGGCAGUUCCGGCCUCCUCCCCGAGGAGUCACCAGCAGUGAGGAGUACACCCUCUGUAAAAGGUACUUGGAACAGGGCCUGUGUCGGUACGGGGCCCAGUGUACGUCAGCCCACUCUCAGGAGGAGCUGAUGGAGUGGCAGAAGCGCUAUGCGUCACGCCUCAUCCGCCUCAAACAGCAGCAGGAGAGCAAACACUUCACGGAGAACUACAUGGAGACCCUGAUAGAGAAGUGGAUGAAUUCCCUCUCCCCAGAGAAAGUGCUAAGUGACUAUUUAGAUGGAGUGAAUGUAGAGACCAGCUCCAGCCUCUCUGUUACCGUCGCCACCAAAAAAUCCGCCCACUCCUGGACCUUCUCCUUCUUGUGCAAGCCGGCUAGAAAGCUGUACCGCAUCGCCCUGCUCUACGAUGCCCACCGACCACACUUCUUCAUCACAGGUGUGUCAUCUGAGGAGCGGUCGCAAGCCCUCCCCAAAGGGAGCCAAGAGUGGACUCCAGGAGAGGAAGCAGCAGUGGCACCAGACAACGGCCUGGACCACUGUGUCUACAAGGUAGCAGUGGGCUUCAGCACAGAAAUCUUUGGUACCUUCCGACAGACCGUUGUUUUUGACUUCGGCUCAGAGCCUGUGCUGAUGAAGCGGAUCAUGGUGGACGCUGCCUCUAUUGAAGACCUGGAACACCUGAUGGUCGCCAGGCAGCAGCUCUUGAUCACCGCAAAGCGCUGGGACUCGUCCUGUAAGACCAUCGUAGAAUUCUGUCCCAAUGAAACGAUGGCAGAACUGGAGCGGGGCCUCCUCUCCCGCUAUCAGAUCCCUCUGUCGGCCGAUCAGCUCUUCACCCAGUCAGUCCUGGACAAGACUCUGACCAAAGACAACUACCAGGCCCGACUGCAUGACCUGCUCUACAUUGAAGAGAUUGCACAAUACAAAGAAGUUAGCAAGUUUAACAUCAAAGUGAAUCUCCAGCUCGUCACCAGCUUCAUGCUGACAGGCAUCUCUGUUGGAGCCAAGUACGCCCAGAAUGGACAGCUCUUUGCACGCUUCAAACUCACUGAAACACUGUCUGAGGACACACUGGCUGGACGGCUGGUGAUGACCAAGGUGAAUUCAGUCCUGCUGCUGCCAUUUGGCCGUGAUGGGAUCAGCAGCCAUCCGCCUCCCGGGGUCAAAGAGCGUGUCUACGAGGCUGUGAUCGAGGAGAAGACCAAGGACUACAUCUUCCUAAGGAUCUGCAAGAACUGCUGUGAUGAGCUGGGGCUAAUACCUGACAGAGAAUUACAGGUGGAGCUCCAGUUCCAGCUGAACAGACUGCCACUCUGUGAGAUGCAGUAUGCCCUGGAUCGCAUCAAAGAUAAUGGCAUCCUUUUCCCGGACAUUGGCAUGGUCCCCACCAUCCCCUGGAGCCCCAACAGGCAGUGGGACGAGCAGCUGGAUCCCCGUCUGAAUGCCAAGCAGAAAGAGGCCAUCCUGGCCAUCACCACACCCGUGACUAUUCCCCUACCCCCAAUCCUCAUCAUUGGGCCCUACGGCACCGGCAAGACCUUCACCCUGGCACAGGCUGUCAAGCACAUCCUUCGCCAGGACACCAGCAGGGUCCUGAUCUGCACCCACUCCAACAGUGCGGCCGACCUUUACAUUAAGGACUACCUUCAUCCUUACGUCGACGCAGGCAAUCCGCAUGCCAGACCUCUCAGGGUAUACUUCAGGAACCGCUGGGUGAAGACGGUUCAUCCGGUGGUCCAGCAGUACUGUCUCAUCUCCAACACACACAUCACUUUCCAGAUGCCCACAAGGGAGGACAUCCUCAGGCACCGCGUGGUGGUGGUCACCCUCAGCACCUCCCAAUACCUCUGCCAGCUUGACUUGGAACCCGGGUUCUUCUCUCAUAUCCUGUUGGAUGAAGCGGCCCAGGCCAUGGAGUGUGAAACCAUCAUGCCUUUUGCUCUAGCUAGCAAGAGCACCCGCAUUGUGCUGGCUGGAGACCAUAUGCAGCUCAGUCCAUUCGUGUACAGCGAGUUUGCGCGGGAGCGUAACCUGCAUGUGUCACUGCUGGACCGACUGUAUGAGCACUACCCUCCUGAAUACCCUUGUCGCAUCCUCCUGUGCGAGAACUACCGCUCUCACGAAGCUAUCAUCAACUACACGUCGGAACUAUUUUAUGACGGGAAGUUGAUGGCAAGUGGGAAGCAGCCCUCCCAUAAGGACUUCUACCCUCUGACCUUCUUCACAGCCAGAGGAGAAGAUGUGCAGGAGAAGAACAGCACUGCCUACUACAACAACGCAGAGGUAUUUGAGAUCGUGGAGCGGGUGGAGGAGUUGCGCAAGAAGUGGCCAGUGUCCUGGGGCAAGCUGGACGACGGCAGCAUCGGAGUGGUGUCACCGUACGCCGACCAGGUGUUCCGCAUUCGUGCUGAGCUCCGAAAGAAGAGAAUGCAUGAGGUCAGCGUGGAAAGAGUGCUCAAUGUGCAAGGCAAACAGUUCCGGGUGCUGUUCCUCAGCACGGUGCGGACGCGGCACACCUGCAAACACAAGCAGACGGCCAUCAAACGUAAAGAGCAGCUAGUUGAGGACUCGACAGAGGACCUCGACUAUGGAUUCCUCUCCAACUACAAGCUGCUCAACACGGCCAUCACCAGAGCUCAGUCUCUGGUUGCAGUUGUGGGAGACCCCAUAGCGCUCUGCUCUGUUGGGCGCUGCAGAAAAUUCUGGGAGCACUUUAUCUCCAUCUGCCACGAAAACACGAGCCUACAUGGCAUCACCUUUGAGCAGAUCAAGUCUCAGCUUGAGGCCCUGGAGCUCAAGAAGACCUACGUCCUCAACCCGUUGGCCCCAGAGUUCAUCCCCCGUGCUCUCAGGCCAAUGCAAGGGCACCACUCUUCGCAGGCCCUCCAUGCCCACCACCAUCCUCAUCCUCAGCACGCACAGCCUGCCUCCAACAAGCAGGGUCCACAGCAGCAGCAGCAACAGCAGUCACCACCGAAGGGGAAACAUGCAAACCACACAGAGCACCUUCCACCUGAAGGAUAUGCCCAACCCAACCCAGCGGUGUUGAUGGGAAACCCUAUCCGUGCAUUCUCACCACCCCUGGGUGGCACACCGGCUGGCAUGGGCAAGUCACCAAGCCCUGUUCAGCGGAUAGAUCCUCAUACAGGCGCCAGUAUCCUCUACGUCCCGGCGGUGUACGGUGGAAACAUGGUCAUGUCCAUGCCCCUGCCUUUGCCUUGGCCAGGUUACCAGAAUCGCUUUGCUGUGGACCCUCGCAUCAUGAGCCACCCGGCAGCCAUGGCCUACAACUUCAAUCUGUUGCAGGCCCAGAAUCGAGGCUCUCCCAUCCCUUACAGCGGGGUGGCCCACCCCUCUCCUAUAGGAAUGGGCCAGCCCAGCCCUGACAAGGAGCUCCAGGCAGACCCCAUCAGAAAUGGUAAAUUAGAAGGAUGUCCAAAGUCAGAACAGAGCCGUCUUCAAACACCAGAGAGGAAAACCGCAGACAUGAAGGAAAAACAGGGAGAUUUAGACACAGGCCAAAGUCGAAGUCUAGACUCGCAGUCAGACGGGAUGGUUGGAUUUCCCAAUGCGCUGCUCCAUCGAAAAGAUCCCUCGGCUGCCCAAAGACCCCUCAACUACCACCUGGCACCACCCAACCCAGCUUUUCCUCCACAUCCUGCCAGUGGAAGGGCCUUCCCCCCACAGUAUCCAGUCUCCAGGCUUCCUUAUCGGGUCAGCCAGCCUCAACACCCAGGGAUGGCCCCACAGAGUCAACAGCAGCAGCAGCAGCAACAGCUCAGCCCUGCCUACACUGGUGGUAGCCACAACGCUUCCUUCUUCAGCGGCCCCAUACCCCCUCACAGGGCUGUCCAGUCUCCCACUUUGGAUGGGCCGGAGCCUGGAGGAGUCGAGGAGAUGAGUAGCUCCAUUAGGACUCCAAUGGGCCACCCAGGGAGCCACCACCCAGGCAUGUCGCAGCAUAAUAGGGUCAACAGCUUUGGGGAGGACGUACAGGAUGGAGGCCUGGGAGAGAGUUUGGAUCUCCAGGGUCCCAUGGCUCUAGAGGCCCUGAGCCAGCAGCAGCAGCAGCAGGCAGCCAGACUGGGCCAGUGGGGGGAGGCGGCAGGUCCUUUUCUCCAGGGCAGCGUCGCCUUCCCUAUGCCCCAACAGCUCGCCCACCUUGCUCAGCCCAGCAUGGCUCGCUUCCCCCAUCAGCUGCUCCGGGCAGCAAGUUGGGGCCUUGGUGCCAAUAUGGAGGAUGAGGCCGUUACUUCGGCCUCCACUGGGCCACCUUUCACCAGGUACCCGGGCCUCUUGAGAGAGAUGCCCCCACAGGAACAGCCUGAGCCCAGGGAUGCAGCUGAGAUGCAGCCCCCACCUCAGUCUCGUCUCCUCCAGUACCGCCAGUCCCAGUCCCGUGCCUCAGGUGACCCUUCAUCCUCUUUAGCUGCCACCUCCAAUCAUGCGGGCCCUUUCCCAUCAGGACCUUACUCCCAUGACGCCGGCCGCGAUCUCCUCAACGAAAACCUUCUCAACAACCCCGCUCUGCAGCAGCAGCUCCCAGGGAACCCCCUGUAUAACGCUGGUAGCUACCCACAUCAGCCACCAGCCCACUCUGGCAGCCCCCCUACCUCCCAGGUCAAAUACCUUCUGCAAGAGGCCCAGUGGCCUCAUGGUGGAGCUGCGUCAGUGAGCCCACCACAGCAGAACCACCUGUUAGGGAACCAGGGCCACGGCCUCCCUUAUGGACUGCCCAUCAUGGCUCACCCCAGCAGGCAGGAGCAAGUCCACCUGAUGCAACUUCACCAUCAGCACCAGCAGCAGCAGCAGCAGCAGCAACAGCAGCAGCAGCAGCAACAACAACAACAACAACAACAACAGCAGCAGCAGCAGCAGCAACAACAACAACAGCAGCAGCAGCAGCAACAGCAGCAGCAGCAACAACAGCAGCAGCAGCAACAGCAGCAGCAGCAACAACAACAGCAGCAGCAGCAGCAGCAACAACAGCAGCAGCAGCAGCAACAACAACAACACCAACAACAAAGUCAAGUUCCAGACCAGGAGUCCUACCACCCAUUGUCCCCCAGAACAUCAGCAGCCACAGCCCUUCACAACGUAGAUGAGUAUGAACCCAGAGGUCCAGGCCGGCCUCUCUAUCAGCGCCGCAUCUCGUCUAGCUACCCAGAUGAACCGUCUCCAGCCAUCGCCCACAAUGCUCUGUCGCAGCAGCCCCAGCCCUGUACAUCAGACCCCCAGGACCACCCUCAUCCGCACAUACAGCAUCAUCAGCACCCACACGCCCCCUACGGUUACCCCCCACACGACCUCUGGCCCAACGGUGGGGGUCCCGGUCCGUUCCAGAACAUUCCAUGUAACGGAGCCGGCACACUCGCUCAGCAUCGGGACCUUCUGGCUUCCAAGGCCCAUCGUCAGACGGAGGAGCAGGUGAAGGCCGAGGCCACAGCAGCACAGCAGACGCACCCACACUCCCUCAACUCCCUUCAGCACCUUGGACAGUUCCCUCCUCUCAUGCCCAAUAACAAGCAGCCGCAGCAGCAACAGCAGCCGCCACCGCCGCAGCAGCAGCCGCCGCCGCCGCCACCACCGCCUCAGGCUCCCACAGAGGCCAGCCAGGGGGCUCCAAAUCUAAGCAAGCCACCAACCAUGUCCUAUGCCAGCGCCCUCCGCGCUCCACCCAAACCCCGAGCUGUUCGCCCCGAACAGGUCAAAAAGAACAGCGACCCUCUCUCCCUCCUACAAGAGCUGAGUAUAGGAAGUUCAAAUGGUAGCAAUGGGUACUAUUCCUACUUUAAAUGAGUGUCACCCCCUCCCACAUAAUAAGUAAGUGAUGAAAUACAAAACUAAAAAAAAAAAAAAAAGGCAAAACUGUUUUUAAAAACACAAAAAAAAUAGUGCAAAGUGCAUUUUACAAAUUGUUUCUAUCAGUAGGUUUGUUUUCUGCAUUUUGUUUCAUUUUAACUUUUUAUUUGUAACAGUCAUCUUUUCUCCUGUUUCACAUAUCUGUGAAGAAAAUAAGUAUAUAUAAUGAAUGCAUUACUGGUAUAUAUACAUACUCAUUAUGUAUAUAUGAAUAUAUACUUAUAUUAUCUACACUUGUAUAUGUACGUAAUGCUUAAAAAAAAAAUUAUAAAAAAAGAACAAAAAAAUAAAAAAGGCGAGAUUCGGUUGACCACUUAGCUACCUGCAUAUUUUUCCUUAUUGAAGUUGGUUUUGUUGGUUACUAAAUAAGUAUGUUGAAGUUUUUAUCAUUUUGUAUUCCUCAGUUUUGAGUGGACGUUAACGUCUUGAUUUUCAUACUACUGUAGUUGUGGUAACGGACAAAAAGCUAAGUGGUCAACUGACCGAAACUACAUGGAACAGUGUAUAGAAGUAGAUAAAUUUUCCUCUAAUCUGUAAAUAUAAAGAAAAUAAAAGACUGAAUUGUAUGCCACAGACAUGUCCUUAAAUUCCUGUAUCAUGCUAGCAUUUGCAUUAUGAAUUAUUUUCCGUUUGUUGGCUUCUGAUCCUUAAUUCUUAGACAUCCUGGGAAUAGCUGGGAGUUACCUUCAGUGAUUUUUAGUAGUAAAUGUGAUUAUUUACUGAAAAAUAACAAUACAAAUAUUGAUUGUGUAUUUUACUUUUCACCAAUGUCUCAUCAGCAACAAUAGAAACAGUGUGAAAAUGUCAAAAUAGCAACAAUCAUGUCAUUCCUCCUUUGUUUGUUUUAAGGAUCAGAGAACACCAGACAUCGCUUUCUAUGAUAAGAUUAUCCCAAACUGCUUCGCUUGUGGCCGAUGCUCAGUCAUUUUAUUUUAUUUUAUUUUAUUUUAUUUUAUUUUAUUUUAUUUUAUUUCUUUCGUUUGUGUCAACAAAAAUUUUCACCACGGAAAUUGUUUCAAUAACUGUUGGGGAUAUGAAAUGUGUUUUUUUUUUAGUUUUUUCUUGUUGUUUCUUUUUCCGUCACUAAUUGACAUUGAGCUUUUUUUUUUUGCAAAGGUUUGCAGAAGGUUUGUGAAAGUGAAGCGAGAGUGGUGAGGUCAGAGUGGUGUGUCAUGAUAGGUAAGUCGAAACUGAGGGUGUGUUCAACACUGCCAGUCAGACGUUUUUUAAACACGCUAAAUGUUAGCAAUUUUUGGUUAAAUCUGAAAUAGUAAAUACACAUUAACAAUACACUAAUGUUUCUUUUUAUUUGAUUGGAAAUGGCCUGGAUCUUGGUCUCUUCUGCAAACAGUUUGUAUUAUUGUUUUGCAGUAGCUCUUUUUAAAGUAAACCAGAUUGUCCAAAGAUCUUUUGCCAUUUUCUCCGUAAGACAAUCUUUUAAUCUGAGUAAUAUAAACCCUAUAAUAAACAAUAGUCAUGUUUCUCUGUAUUUGCUCCCAGUUCCACCAAAAAACAUUGAUCAUUGACUAAAGCAUUUAAUAUUGUUUUCCUCUUAUUUCAGGGCAUUCAAAGCAAACAUCCCGUUCAGCACUCUGCUUGAGAUUUAACCCAAAAACGUUAACUAACCAAUAAGCUGUUCAAAGACGUUUGACUGUCUGUUUUUUAGACUGUGCAUAAUAAGAAUGAAAUGACUUGUACGUUGUUCCUGGUCAUUCAGAUAAUUACAUUAUUCACUUUUUUCAGUCUGAUCUGAUUGAUAUUAAUAUUAAAGCGGUAGAUUGAUCUCAUUCCCCUUUUAAUUGGAUUAAAAACCUUUACAUUUAGCGACGUCCACAUUACUUUCUUCUCUCGCAACCUAAAACACACGAUGAACAUCACGCAGGAACAUUCAUGUUCCAGUCAGUGAGUUGCUUGUUAUUAGUUGACACACACACAGACGGGAGGCCUCACAGCUUUACAUACACACGACCUCCACUGCUAACAUAGUGAAGCCCGGUGAUCUGAAGUCCCCUUGCAGGUAAAAUAUAAAAAGAUGCUGAUCCUAUAUCUGCCAAGGUUUUUUCCUUUUUAUGAUGAAAGCAAUACUGGAACCAGUCAUCCAGUGCUCGGUCUUGUUGUAUGUAAUUAAUUUUUAAUUGUUAAAAACACCACUGCCCCAUUUUGCCAAUGGAUAAAGUCGUAUUAAAAUCAUCCUGCUGUUUCAUGGCUUUCAUUUUGGCAGUUAUUAAAACGUCACUUCCUACAGAAAGCUAGUACCCCCCCACGGCUAAUAACUUCAAUGUGUUUUUAACAGUCAGCGGAGAGCUUCAUGGUUUUUAUUUGUACGUUUUUAAGUUUUGACAUUGUAACUCAAAAGGUCCAGAUUUUUUGACUUAGCGGAGAACAACACAUACUUGUAAAUAUGCAUUUUCUAGGUAUUUACAAACAAGAACUUUGGGAGCACCUCAAUUUUGUAGAAGCUGUUCAAAGAAGAGGUAUGCCCUUUUUAAUUAUGCAAAUUCACAAAAAAUAAGAAUAAUUCUAGAAAUGGACAACCCAGUCGGUAGUUGCAACAUCUUGUUGUAACUUUUUAGAUUUUUUUUUUUUCAUUUUUCUUAAGACGGCUGAUUUGACAAAGAGGAGACUUUCUGUUGCAGCUGUUAUAAGACGACUUAUUUCACUGUACAAUACAUAUUUUUAAGUAUAUGUUGCUGGAUUUGUCCUGUUCUGUUUUCUCACCGCUGUACAACAAUCAACAUGGAUUUUUUUUUCUUUUUUUUUUAUGUGAAGUUUUUCUUUUCAUGCAUGUUGAGAUGACCUGGCUGGUUUGAUCCCUGUUUUUAUCAGUUUGUAUUGAUUUGUGGAUGCAAAAAAAAAAACAAAAAACGGAAAAAACAAAACAAAAAAAAAAGCUUUUGUUCAACCUACAGAGUCAAAUUUUGGUAUAUUAUUUGAUGUGUACAAUAACUUGUGACAUUAUCAACAAAACUAUUAUAAUAUUUUACUAACAUGUCAAUCAAAUAUGUAAGUUCUUUCUUUUUUUUCUGCAGUUUCUUAGCAGGGCUAACGCUGAGGUUGCUCCCUGGUGUGUGUCGUAUUUACGAAGCUUUGGACAUGUUUGUUUGGGAGGAGGGGGGGGUCAUUUUUCUCCCAAAGCAGUCGUUGGCUAAUCUCUGAAGUUGUGCAAUACUAAUAUUUCACCGCUUCUUCACUUUUAUUUAUUUUUGAAGCAGAAGAGAUUGAGCCAAAGACAUUUUAAAGGGAUUUUUAUUUACAGGCUUCAUUUUUGUCCUUUCUUUGUUUACAAAAUGAGGAUCUUUGCCAUGAAACUAAGGGUCUUUACUCUUGUAAUGAAGUUGGAUUUUAAAUGUCAUCACCACCCAAUAUUGCACCAUACGAAUUAUUUUUCUUUAAAUGUUGCUUUUCAAAGAAAACGAAGCGUAACCAACUCGUGUGGCACACGGAAAGGGAGCAACCUUUUGCCCAGCCAGUAGAGAGCACUGUGUUCAGCCUUCUAUAAACGCCACAUCUCUUCCUGUUAUCUGUUUGCUCUCCUCUGUUCUUCCCUCGCUGCAGUGAAUCAAUGGCACACCUGUUCUCCCAGCAUCCCAGUCCCAUUGGUUCCUCCCUCGUGGGUACAAAAAUAAUGAAUAGAUCUGUUUUACUCUUCUUCAUUUCAAUUGGUGGUGGUUAUAAUAAAGGAUUUAGACUGUGUUUCAAAGGUUUAUUUUCUUUUUUUAUUUGUUUCUCUAUUAAAGUGUUUUUAUUGAA